AUGGCACUACUUGCUAUAUCCAAAGCUAGGCGGCGUGAGCGGCAGCAGGGCCUGUGUCGCGGGGGCCCAGGCCCCGCAGUGCUGCUCGUACCCCUGUGCCGCUUCCGGCCUGUUCUGUCUCGUGGCUCUGCUCUCGCUCCUUUCUCAUCAGCUGAAUGGCUCCUGAAGCAGCUGCUGGAGUUUUCACUCCAUCCUCUGAAACGGUAUUUUCUUGUUGGAAGUAAUCCUGCAGAAACCAAGUAUCGUGUUUUGAAAAUAGAUCGCACUGAACCAAAAGAUUUGGUUAUAAUUGAUGAUAAGCACGUGUAUACACAACAAGAGGUGAGGGAACUUCUUGGCCGCUUAGAUCUGGGGAACAGAACAAAGAUUGGGCAGAAGGGCUCUUCUGGGUUAUCUCGAGCUGUCUCCGCUUUUGGUGUAGUAGGUUUUGUCAGGUUUUUAGAAGGCUACUAUAUUGUGUUAAUAACAAAAAGGAGAAAGAUGGCAGAUAUUGGAGGUCAUGCAAUAUAUAAAAUAGAAGAUACAAAUAUGAUCUACAUUCCAAAUGACUCUGUAAGAGUCACUCAUCCUGAUGAAGCCAGGUAUCUGAGAAUCUUUCAAAACGUGGACCUUUCUAGCAACUUCUAUUUUAGUUACAGCUAUGAUCUGUCACACUCCCUUCAGUAUAAUCUUACUGUUCUGAGAAUGCCCCUUGAGAUACUAAAAACUGAAACAACUCAGGCUCGGCAAGAGAGUUUUGAUAUAUUUGAAGAUGAAGGACUUUCAACCCAGGGUGGAAGUGGUGUGUUUGGGAUUUGCAGUAAGCCUUAUGAAAAGUAUGUGUGGAAUGCCAAGCUUCUGGAGGUAGUGAAAAAUACUGUUCACCGUGAUUGGUUGCUGUAUAUUAUUCAUGGCUUCUGUGGGCAGUCAAAACUGCUGAUUUAUGGUCGGCCAAUAUACGUCACUUUGAUAGCCAGAAGAUCCAGCAAAUUUGCUGGAACACGUUUUCUGAAACGAGGAGCAAACUGUGAGGGGGACGUUGCUAAUGAAGUAGAAACUGAACAAAUACUGUAUGAUGCUUCAGUUAUGUCAUUUUCUGCGGGGAGCUAUUCUUCCUAUGUUCAGGUUCGAGGAUCUGUCCCCCUGUACUGGUCUCAAGAUAUUUCAACUAUGUUGCCUAAGCCACCCAUAACAUUGGACCAAGCAGACCCUUUUGCCCAUGUUGCUGCUCUUCACUUUGACCAAAUGCUUCAACGAUUUGGCUCUCCUAUUAUUAUUUUGAAUCUUGUGAAGGAACGUGAAAAAAGAAAGCAUGAAAGGAUUCUUAGCGAAGAACUUGUUGCUGCUGUGACAUACCUCAACCAGUUUUUACCCCCAGAGCAUGCAAUUAUAUAUAUUCCUUGGGACAUGGCCAAAUAUACAAAAAGCAAACUUUGCAAUGUACUUGACAGACUGAAUGUGAUUGCAGAAAGUGUAGUAAAGAAAACAGGAUUUUUUGUAAAUCGGCCUGACUCCUACUGCAGUAUCUUGCGGCCAGAUGAAAAGUGGAAUGAAUUGGGAGGUUAUGUUGUUUCCACUGGUCGCUUGCAGACUGGUGUUCUCCGAACGAAUUGUGUGGACUGCUUAGAUCGCACUAACACAGCCCAAUUUAUGGUGGGGAAAUGUGCUUUGGCAUACCAACUCUAUUCAUUGGGGCUGAUUGAUAAACCCAAUUUGCAGUUUGAUACAGAUGCUGUUAGAUUAUUUGAAGAAUUAUAUGAAGAUCAUGGAGACACGCUUUCUCUGCAGUAUGGAGGUUCUCAACUUGUCCACAGAGUCAAAACCUAUAGAAAGAUAGCUCCAUGGACCCAGCAUUCCAAAGAUAUUAUGCAAACACUGUCAAGAUAUUACAGUAAUGCUUUCUCAGAUGCAGACAGGCAAGAUUCCAUUAAUCUGUUCCUGGGAGUAUUCAGGCCUGCAGAAGGAAAACCUCACCUCUGGGAACUUCCUACCGAUUUUUAUUUGCAUCACAAGAACACUCUCAAUCUGUCACAGACCAGGCGAAGCUACACUUACUGGUGGACCACAGGUGUGCUAAAGCAUUUACCUCUUCCUUUUGAUGAAGUAACAUGUGCUGAAAACAGACGCAAGUUGAUAGUGAAGAAAUUCCACAAGUGUGAAGAGGAAAUUGAUAUCCACAAUGAGUUUUUUCGGCCAUAUGAGUUGAGCAGUUUCGAUGAGACCUUCUGCUUGGCAAUGACCAAUUCUACACGAGAUUUUAUGCCCAAGAAUGUGGGCAUUGAUCCAAGUCCAUUUACUGUUCGUAAACCUGAUGAAACUGGAAAAUCAGUGUUGGGGAACAAAAGUAAUAGAGAAGAAACCGUGCUGCAGCGCAAAACAGCUGCUAGUGCUCCUCCGCCCCCAAGCGAGGAAGCUGUGUCAAGUAGUUCUGAAGAUGAUUCUGGAACAGACAAAGAGGAUGAAGGUGCUGUUUCUCAACGUUCAACUCCAGUAAAGGUGACUGAUACAGGAGAUAAUUCAAAAAUCACAGAGAAUGUAGUCCAGUCCACAAAAGACGUGUAUGGAGUUAAUCUUUCAGAUGUUCCUUCAGAAGAUGAUCUCACAAUAUACACAAGGUUUGUCCAGUUGGGACAAAGUCAACAUAAACAAGACAAGAACAGCCUACAGUUUUGCUCAAAACACCAAUUGGAUAGGGUAAUAAAUCUAGUACCCAUCUCAUCCUUUUCCCAAGACAACAUUUAUGAAGUCCAGCCUCCAAGAGUUGAUAGGAAAUCAAUUGAGAUUUUUCAUGCUCACAUUCAGGCUGGAAGAGGAAACAUGCAACCACUGGGAAAAGAUGACUUCCUUAUGUACAGAGAGUACAUUCGAAACAGAUACAUGUAAAUUCAAGCUGGAUUCUGCUGCCAAGUGUAAUGUACUGAUAGGUCAUAAAAAUAACUUUAGAAAGGAAAUCGAAUUUUGUUAUUUUCAGAUAAUAAAUUUAUUAUCUAACAUUUCUCUUUAUUAUGCUUUAUACAUUAUAUAUUUACAUUAUUGUACUUUUUCUUAAGCAGAAGUGAACAAGAAGUGUGUGGCUGAUGGCAAAAUCGAAAUUUACAUCUAGAUUAACAAACUUUAUAUCUGGAUUAACAAAUUUAACAACCCAAAUUUGUGUCAAAGCCAAUCUUACUGAUGGUAGUAACACAGCUUCUGCGCUACAUAGGUUGAAAGCGGCUUGUGAUUAAUUUCCACGGGCUCCUAGUAGGGCUCUGAAGUGAACCACUUCCCAGCUGUGCCAGCAGGUGAGGGAAUGCUCUCUGCUUUACUGGACUUGGAGUCUUAGGUGGAGGGUGCAAGAGCGUCUUGUCAUUUUGCUGUAUGACAGGCACUGUUCUUUUUGCAGCAUACUCUUUCCGUCCCCGUAUUUAUGGUCUUAUGAGCUCCUUCAGGUUCCAGCCUUACAGCCUACCAAGAAAUGAAUGUCCGUAAGGUAGGUACAGAGACUGGAUCAGCUAGGGUGGCAGUGCAAACGAAAGCAGUACUUGGAGAUAGGUGAGACGGAAAACCAUGUCCUGUGCUGGGUGAGAAGCGGAGAGGCAGCAGAGGGUUUGUGUUACAAGCAGUUACAAGCUAAAAUUGCCAACCUUGAACUUUAG